AUGAUUGUUGAAUCGAAGGGAAGUUUUGAUAUAUAUCCUCCAGACUUGUCCUCUAUAAGGAUAGUUUUGGUAGGAAGGACUGGAGCAGGUAAAAGCUCCUCGGGAAACACCAUCCUGGGCAGAAAAGCCUUCAGAGCUGCGGUCAGUGGUCUGUCUGUAACCAAAGAGUGCUGGAAACAGACUGAACGGGUGGCUGGGAGAGAAAUUGCUGUGGUAGAUACUCCGGGUUUGUUCGACACAGAUACUCCAGAGGAUCUUCUGAAAGAAAAGAUCAGUAAAUGUAUAAACAUGACUGCACCUGGACCUCACGCCAUCAUCCUGGUCAUUAAACUCGGUCCAUUCACUGAAGAAGAGAGGCUCUCGGCGGAGAAGAUCAGAGCCAUAUUUGGAGAAGAAGCAGAUAAACACACAUUCAUCCUCUUUACCGGCGGUGAUGAACUGAGUAACAGCUCUAUUGAAGAAUACCUCGGUGAAGCCAGUGAGGAUCUCAAAGAAAUCUUGUAUCGCUGUGGGGGUAGAUAUCAUGUCUUCAAUAAUAAACAGAUGGAGAAUCGUAAUCAAGUCACAGAGUUCCUGGACAAAGUGGAUGAAAUGGUCACAGCUAAUGGAGGUGGAUUUUACACCAGUGACCAUUACCAUGACGUAGAGCUCGUCCUGGAGAUGAAAGAGGAAGAGCUGAGACAAAAAUAUGAGAAGAAGCUGAAGGAGAAAGAGCUGGAGCUGGAGACCAGAUUCAAUGAAGAGAGGACAAAACUGCAGCAGAAAAUUGAAGAAUUGACGACAUCAGAGCAGGAGAAAGAAGAGAAGAUCAAAGAGCUGGAGCGGCUGAAUUUGAGGAACAUGAUCGAAAUGACCGAAUACAAGAGAUACUACGAAGUAAAGCUCACAGAGGUCAGACUGGAGGCGGAACUCACCCGUCUUAACGAGAGGAUUCUGAUGGAGAUCUUCAGCAAGUUACAAAGCCUUUCAAUGUAAGCGGUGUUUUAUUAGCAGUGCAAGUUCAUG